GGUACAGGGUUGGCACUGGGAGCCACGCAUGCGUCAUGAUGCUCUAGUUCAAAUCUAGAUCGGUGGCAUAGUGGUCAACCUAAUGGAUUUUUCACAAUAUCAAACGAAUGUACACACAUCCACAUUCAAUAUGCGCCAUUUGAAAAAGGCCUUUAUUUUGAAAUGACACAUGAAAUUGAGUUCUAACUUCCUGGGUGUCUUUCACUUGACCAGUGAGUUGGAUUUUCUAAAACAAUAAGAUAUAUUUCCGUGCCCUGUAUUUUCAAAUCAGCUUUGUUUUGGCAUCACCAUAAUACUCACAUUACACGAGCACUGCAGAUUUUUCGUUUUGGGUUGAGCUUGACUCCGGUAUUGUUUUAGAUGGUUAGAUUUAGGAGGGGAUGCUGGGGAAAGCAUUAUGUCAGUGACUGUCCUCACUAAGAUAGGAAGACAAACGUGUCAGUGUGCAGAUAAAAGUCCAGCUGCCUGCAACACCCAAUCACGUUGUCCCUCAGGGAUAGAAACCGCUUAUAAAGUAGAUGUGUGUUUUUAAUAUUCACAAGUUGAACUCGUGGCAAAAAUCAGCUAAUAAUGAAACAAGGGACUGAAAAACACAAUCUCAUGUUCUCAAAUCUUUUCCACCUGUGACAAUAGACUCCUGGAGAAAAUAACAUCCACAGAAUCUAUGAUUUUCACAAGGUUUGGACUUUGGUUGAAUUGAGUGAAGCAGAUCAUUCGUUGUUUUUCUUUUUUUUCACUAAUCCAUUCGUUCGUUGUUGCAACCCACUGUUUGUUUGUUUUUUCAUUAUUAGAACUUCCGGUUCGACUUAACUGCGGAACCUUAAUUAAUUAUCGAGGUCGGAACAUUAAGAUGUGACACAAGCGGAAGUGGAAGUAAAAGUAAACGCUGUUCAGUGCACUGUUUUUCAUUCAGUAGUGCUGCGGACGGUUGGGCACUGAUGGAGAAGCAACAGAAGUUGGACGACCAUGGCGAAGUUCCGGUGAUGGUCCUCACAGCUUUGGUCCAGUCCGGGCGAAGAGCAGAUGUUCAGCAGCCACCGGUGAAAGAAGAGGCUCAGGACUGGAGCUCCAGCCUGGACCAGGAAGAACCAGUACCUCCACACAUCAAACAGGAAGAGGAGGAGGAAGAUGUUUCUGGCUUCUCCUUCAAUAAUGUUGUGAAGAGUGAAAAGACAGAUGAAAAAUCGUCGCUCUCACAGCUUCAUCAGGGAGAGGAGGAGCCUCCUACCAAAAGCUCCACUCAACACUUGAAACUAGGAGAUGAUGGAGCAGAACCAGGCAGCUACGUCACUCCACCUGUACUCUCCGUCCAGCAGAGGUCUCGCACAUCUGGGUCCGACACUGAUGACAGUGAAGACUGGAGGGACACCAGCAACACUGUGUUGUGUUCAAAGCCUGUGGGGAAUCCUGAAGUCAGUCAGAAGAGAGAAGAUGCCAAAAAUGUCUCGCUGAGCUGCUCCAGGUGUGGGAAGUGUUGCUCUUCCAAGUCUGACCUGAAUCUGCACGAUUCAGCCUGCAGUCAUGAAGGAUCUCUGUGUUGCUCUGUCUGUGCCAAAUCCUUCACGACCAGAGAACAUCUCAGCAUUCAUAAGAGGAGCCACAGAAGGCAGAGCAUCUUCUCCCGCUGUACGCUGAUCGACGCUGUUUACGCCUUCCCGAUUUUAUAUGACACAUCGUGCCCAUUCUACCGCGACCGACAGAAGAAGGAUCUGGCCUGGAGGAAAGUGAGCGAAAUCGUCAACAUUUCUGCGGAGACAUGCAGGAAGAAGUGGAAGAGUUUGAGGGACAUUUACCUGAGAGAGAAGAGGAAGGAGACUGAGCGGAGGAGCGGGUCAGCACCAGCGACUGGGAGUAAAUGGCGGCACUCUGCAGACCUGAACUUCCUCGACCCCUUUCUCUCCCCACGGGAGGCGUCUGGAAAUAUAGAUCGGGCAGUCCAGGAGGCUGAGGUCCCAGCAGCUGCAACAGCAUCACCAUCAUCAUCUGCAGCCGCAGAAGACGAGACAGCAGGAGACCUGAGGAGGAGCUGCUCCAAGAGGUUGAGAGAAAAGUCACCGCAGGUGGAGAGGCCAUGUUUUGAAGCCCGUCGCCGCUGCCAUUCGCCAGCCUCACAGCUUCCUUCGAGUCUGUCGGAGGAUAAAAUGUUUCUAUUGAGCCUGCUUCCUUCACUGCAGAGAGUGGCGCCACAGAGAAGGGAGCAUGUGAAAUUUCAAAUACACAAAUUAAUCUACGAAUCCAGCUCAGUGCAGCUGAAUCCGGAUCAUUCCGAAGCCUAGGUUUAAUCGAGUCCCUUUAUGUUCUGUGCUGGGAUCGGACUGACUCUGUUCGAUCUACCUUCAUUCCUCCGCCAGGCAAGGUUCUUUCACAGACAAGUCAAGACAGGCA